UUUGGUAGAAAAGAGGGGACGCGCUCGCAGUUUGACAGUUGAGGGCGAUCGUGCGCGAAAAAAGUGUCUUAAAAACGGAAUUUUCCCUGUGUUUUUUUGCAUUUUUUCUCAGUGAAAAAUCACCAAGAGUGUCCACAAGAUUGUUGGUGAGGUGUCGGAUGGCGUCUUGAGUGUUGGACAUUGAAAUUGUGUGUUUAUGGACUCAAGUGCAAGUGCAAUGGAGCACGACAAAACAGCCACAGCGGAAGAACCACCGGAAACCCGGGCAUCUGAGGCUCCGCCCCAGAUCAGAGCCCCAUCGAGGAGGCGUAGACCAUCAGCAGCUGCGGCUGCUGGUGGUAAAGUUCGACGCACAGCUUCCAGGCAGCGUGGAGAGGCUCCGGAAGAGAUCCUUCCGGAUGCAACUUUUGAGCUGGAUGUGGACAUGAUGGUGCAUGAUUUUGACGAUGAACGCACUCUCGAGGAGGAAGAAGAACUAGCUAAGGCAGAAUCUGAGGAUCCCAAUACAGAAUUAUCCACGCUGCAGAUGGAAUCGGAGAUGCCUCUUGACGAGGUGCUGAAGAUGUACAAUUGUCAGUUUUCGCGAUCGGGAUCAGAGGCAGAGAGUGAUGUUGCGUCUGAGGAGGAAGAUGAGGAGGAUGAACCCGAGGAGUCGGCUCUGCGGAAGUUGUAUCCUGAGAUGCCGGAUUCAAGUGUUGGCGGUGGCACAAGAAAAGACUGUGAUGAGGAUGAGGAAUCCGUGGGAGAUGACGAUGCGGCUCAGAAGGACUUUCUCCUGGGACACUGUCAAAUUGUCAUGGUGGGAGCCAAGUGGCAGGCCACAAUUCCCGAAGGACUUACACCCUAUGACACUGAGAAUCCACCUGGUGAGGAUAAACUCCUCUGGGAUCCCAGUCCAGUGUCUCCGGAUGAGGUUGAGGGAUUCCUACGAAGGGCAGCAGAUGCCGAAGCCAGUCAGCGACAGAGUCAUGCAGCUGGAGAUGAAAAUGGCAUGGACCUGGCAGCACUUCCGCGUGGAAUUCAUUUGCGUGACAGCGAAGGGGCACUGUAUUCCCUCCUGAGGGCCAAGUACAAUCCAGAGAGUGCCCUUGAGGAUCUCCUGGCCACAACAGCACCAACACCCAGUCGCCCAUGGAGUGAGGAGGAGUGUAGGUUGUUCGAAGAAGGUAUCCGGAUGCAUGGGAAGCAAUUCCGUAGUAUCCAUGAGGAUUUCCUGCCGCACAGACGAGUGGCUGAGUUGAUUGAAUUCUACUACCUGUGGAAGAAAACCGAGCGACAUGAUGUCUUUGCCAAUGUGGACAGAUUGCAGAAGAAGAAGUACAAGCUAAAUCCAGGAGUACCGGACUUCAGGGAAGAGUCUCCGGGCGCAACGUCACUCAUUCAGUUUGACUCAAAACGCCUUCAGCCAAGGCGGCAGGCCACCCUGGGCACCAGAGAUGAACUGGAGACCACCGAGAUGAAGAGGGACGAGCACAUGGAGGAGUAUCAGGUGGAGAACAACUAGAAACGCCUGAAUACACUUCAUUCACUGAGCCAAAAAGUGCCUAAAAGCCAUUUAUGCGAAGAGUAUUACACGGCGGAUAUGCCCGGAAAAUUCAUCUCUUCCGGACACACUCCACUGAUGACAAUUUAAUCCUCAUCAAAAUAUAUUUGUCAAGAUUUUUUCCUGCAAAAAAUGUUACUGCAGUUUUUCAAUGUGUCUCUGGAUCGCAAAAAUGCGCAUCUAAAAGAAAAAUGUCUAUAAAUGUGUAACUUACCAAGAUGAAAAGUCAUCUUCAGAAAUUAAUGGCAUCUCAUCCCAGCUAGAACGUCCGGCGAAUCCUCAAACCAACUUUUUUUUAAAUUUGUUUUUUAUACAGUGGCGAUCAUAAAAAAUGCAACAAUCAAAAA